AAAAGGAGGCCUGACCUUCAAGCGGAAGAGGGUCCUUCGGCGUGUCCUUCUGGGAGGUGACAUUCAGCCCGCGGUUCAGGGCGACGGACCUUCCAUCGUGCAGCCAUGGCUCAGUUUGUCCGUAACCUCGCUGAGAAGGCCCCGACGCUGAUAAACGCUGCUGUGACUUACUCCAAGCCUCGAUUGGCCACAUUUUGGCAGUAUGCCAAGGUUGAGCUGGUUCCUCCAACCCCUGCUGAGAUCCCUACAGCUAUUCAGAGCUUGAAAAAAAUAGUCAAUAGUGCUAAAACUGGUAGCUUCAAACAUCUCACAGUUAAGGAAGCUGUGCUGAAUGGUUUGGUGGCCACAGAGGUGUGGAUGUGGUUUUAUGUCGGCGAGAUCAUAGGCAAGCGUGGCCUCAUUGGUUAUAAUGUUUGAAGACCAAUCUUUAACAUCUGGUUAUAUUUGAUUUCUUAUUUGAGUGUUCCUGGGCUAUGUGUGAUCAGACUGGUAUCUGAAUAAAAUAAGACAAUAUCAAA